CAGACAGAAGCAACUCGAGCGCUCUUGAAGUAACAGAUUGCAGCUGUCAUCAUGAAAUUCCUGGUUGUUGCCUUUGCCGUUCUGGCCUGCGCCUAUGGCGAUGUCUCCCACUUGGGUUACGACUACGCUCCUCCGGCCCCAGCUCCGGUCUACCAGCCCGCUCCGGUCUACCAGCCUGCUCCAGCACCAGUUGUGAUCCCUGCUCCUGCUCCCGCUCCAAUUGUGAUCCCCGCCCCUGCUCCCGCUCCAGUGGUGAUCCCAGCUCCCGCUCCCGUGAGGACCUACGUCCCACCCGCACCCAUCAGCAUCCCUGCCCCAGCUCCCGCUCCCAUCAGGAUCCCAGCCCCCGUUUACCAGCCAGCUCCUGCUCCUGCUCCCAUCAGCAUCCCAGCUCCGGCUCCCAUCCAGAUCCCUGCCCCCGCCCCAGUGAACACCUACAUUCCCCCCGCACCUGCACCAGCUCCGGUCUACCAGCCUGCCCCUGCUCCCAUUCCCGUGAGCAUCCCGGCCCCAGCUCCCGUUUACCAGCCUGCUCCUGCUCCAGUUGUGAUCCCCGCUCCUGCUCCAGUUGUGAUCCCAGCUCCCGCUCCCGUGAGGACCUAUGUCCCACCUGCACCAAUCAGCAUCCCAGCUCCCGCUCCUGUCUACCAGCCAGCUCCCAUCAGCAUCCCAGCUCCGGCUCCCGUCUACCAGCCAGCUCCCAUCAGCAUCCCAGCUCCCGCUCCCGUCUACCAGCCAACCAACACCCAGGUUCUGGAGGAGAUCGAGCCCGCUUCCAAUGAUGGAUACCGCUACAAGACCGUGCGUCGUCGCGUCUACCGUCACCGCGUCUAA